AUGUGUUUAGAAGAAGAGGGUGCCUUAUGUUGUGAGCCCGCCCACCCCUCCGCCUACUCCAUCCCGGAGCUCCUGAAGACAAGACACUCACAGAGCACCAACACAUACUCUGACAACAUGGCUGAGGACAUCGAAGAGAUUCUUGCCGAGAUCGACGGAUCCCAAAUUGAGGAAUACCAAAAGUUCUUCGAUGCAUUCGACAGAGGAAAGCAAGGAUACAUCAUGGCCACACAGAUCGGUCAAAUCAUGCACGGAAUGGAGCAGGAUUUCGAUGAGAAGACCCUUCGCAAGCUGAUCCGCAAAUUCGACGCCGACGGCUCAGGAAAGCUCGAGUUCGACGAGUUCUGCGCUCUCGUCUACACCGUCGCCAACACCGUCGACAAGGAGACGCUGGAGAAGGAGCUCCGCGAGGCGUUCCGUCUGUUCGACAAGGAAGGAAACGGAUACAUCUCGAGACCAACACUGAAGGCACUUCUCAAGGAGAUCGCCGACGAUCUCACCGACCAACAAUUGGAGGAGGCUGUCGACGAGAUUGAUGAGGACGGUUCCGGAAAGAUUGAGUUCGAGGAGUUCUGGGAGCUGAUGGCUGGAGAGUCGGAUUAA